AAAGAAGCCUUCAGAGGGCAUCAAGAGGUCGCGGUGGAAGUCGGGACGGCGGCGGAUCGCAUUAAUGUCUGCCCACUCGUAGGCAAAGUGCGUGUCCCCUGCGUGUCCGCUUCGGGUUGUCCGUAAUCGGAAUGCACCGCACGGCAUUCGCGCUUGUAUUGUUUGCGAGAAAGACCGCUUCGAAUUAAACUCGGGAGUUUGUCGAGCUUGCUUUUGUCGUCGUCUUCGUCGUCCGUUUCACAACCAGUCUUAGCUUGCUUCAUAUUAUCGAUGCAUUGAUAGUCAGCUAGCUAGCUAAGCUAGCAAGACAGCUAGCCCAUACGGUGGCUCCUAGUCUUAGCUAGCCAGGUAGCGCGCGAGCUAGCUAGCAUAUGUCCCAGAAUUAGCCGAAUAAGUCAAAGCAGAUAAAGUAUCCCGUUAAACACCGGAGUGCUGUAUAUAUUGGCUGCUUGGCAUUUUUUUAAAGUUCGUUCGCUGAUUAUCGAGAGAACUAAAGGCGGUAACACACGUGGGAGAGGCCGGAGAGAGAGAAGGACGGAGGAGAAUCAGUGACGCCAGGAGCGGCCGAUGAAUUCAGACCAGGGCGGAGAGCCGCUGCAGGAGGAGGCCGAGCCGGGACUGAAAGCCCGCGGGGAGGCUGAACCGGGACCGAGAGCCCGAGAGGAGGUCGGGGCUUCAGAGUCGGGAAGUAUGGUGACCUCGAAGGGAGCGGGUCUGAACCCUAAUGCCAAAGUGUGGCAGGAGAUGCCUGCUGUGCCCAGUGAGGCUCCUGUGGAUGCCACUGAGGCUUCCCCCUGGUCCCAGUCGAAUAUAACUGAAGAGUCCACUGGAUGUAAAGCAUACACACCUGGCUUCCCAGUUCUCAUGGACAACAGCACCACGGCCACAGCAGAUGGUGUGGUCAACGGCAUGGACCCCUCUGAUCCAAACCCUCUGACUAAUGAAUCCAAACUGUCUGAAGAUCAGCCCCUCUCUGCAGAAAGCUUGCGUGAGUCUCUGAAAAAAGAGCUGGAAUUCUGCUUCAGCAGGGAGAACUUAUCGAAGGAUCUUUACCUGAUUUCUCAAAUGGACAGCGACCAGUUUGUGCCAAUAUGGACUAUUGCCAGCAUGGAAGGAAUUAAAGUCCUUACUACGGAUUUGGAUCUUAUCUUGGAUGUGUUGAGAUCAUCUCCUAUGGUUCAAGUGGAUGAAAAAGGAGAGAAAGUGCGGCCAAAUCACAAACGCUGCAUCAUCAUCCUGCGAGAGGUUCCAGAAACGACCCCUGUGGAGGAAGUGGAGGCCCUUUUUAAGAACGACAACUGUCCGAAGGUCAUUAGCGUGGAGUUUGCGCACAACAAUAACUGGUACAUUACGUUCCAAUCGGAUACGGAUGCUCAACAGGCGUAUAAAUACUUAAGGGAAGAAGUCAAAACAUUUCAGGGAAAACCCAUUAUGGCUAGAAUAAAAGCCAUCAAUACCUUCUUUGCAAAGAAUGGUUACCGCAGCCUGGACUGCAGCGUCUAUCAGCAGCAAUCUCACACACAGUCCCAGUACAGCUCGCCGCUCUUCAUGCAGCCUAUAUACAGCCCUCAGCAGCAGUAUCUCUACGGCAUCGUCCCUCCCACCUGGACUCCAUCUCCAACUCCAUACUUCGAGACUCCUCUGGCACCUUUUCCUAACAGCGGGUUCGUCAAUGGAUUUGGCACGACUGCACACUACAAAACUGGUUCAAAUUCUCUCAACAUUGGACGCCCCUUCAACAGAAACCGUGUCCCACUCUAUUCAAGAAAGAAUGUAAUAAAUGCCUUCAGCAGGAACCACGUGAAGCCCCAGACAAGGAAUGACGGACUGGCCUCCACGGUCACCCCUGUAUCUGUGGUAGACGGGCUCCGCAGUCCACAGCCUCCCGCCAGCAGUACCUCAGUGCUGGCCACCUCAGAGCUGAGCUCCUCUUUCCCACACCUGACCACCUCCACUGAGCCUAACGAUGACGGCACCGUGGCUGGACGGGGACGGAGGAAUACAUACAGAGCAACAAGGAGGAGGAGAGAGGACGAACGAACCACAAGGCCAGUUCCGCUCACUGAAGUUAAGGUUUCGCCACCUAAAUUUGACCUGGCUCCUUCUAAUUUCCCUCCACUCCCUGGAUGCUCAGGCAGCCCACAGGGAGAGCCAGUUUUAGAGAACCGCAUGUCUGACGUGGUACGGGGUCUCAACAGAGAUAAGCAGUCAGACUCGAACAAGGAAUCCACUGUGAGCGCUGCUGCUUCAGCUUCUGAGGAGACAGUCCCCAGACCUGCACUGACUGCAAGCAAACCCACUGUUCACGCUGCAGAUCCUGCUAGCUACAGCGCAAGCGCAACCCCUCAGGAGAAGAAACUGGAUAAAGCUGACCCCUUGGUCCAUAAAGACAUGCCUGUGAACCCGAGCGCCACCUCAGCCAUUCCGGCGUGUCCGGCUCAGCCAGCUCCCGUCUCCAAGACUCCGCCAAGUCCCGCCAACCCCGCAACCCCACAGGCCAAUGCUGGCCACUCCAACCCUGCCCCACUGGAGCCUCGGAAACUGAGCUACGCUGAGGUGUGCCAGCGCCCCCCCAAGGAUCCCCCUCCUCCUCCACCGCCACCUGUGGUCAGCCCCAGUCCUGCCAGCUCUACCUCACAGCCUCUGAGGGAGCUGCGUGUGAAUAAGGUGGACGAGCAGUCGGGCGGCAGUGAAAGGCCCGAGCGGCCACAGGAUCGUGGGGGGGACUGUAAGAGCCGAGAGGGCAGGCCGGCUCGCGACUCACAGGGUUUCUACCGUAGCAACGGCCCUCCCAGAGCCAGCACGGGAGGCUUCAAACUCCGCGAGCAGCAGAGGCGUCCUCAGUUCACCCGCCGCACUUCACCCCAAGGAGCCUCCAGACACACUGGCAAAGAGCAGAACAUCCCCCCUAUAUCGCCAAAGUAAAGACUAAAUCCUUACAAUGUAUGAAUAUAUACACAUAUACAUAUAUAUAUAAAAAUAUAUAUAUAUAUAUAUAAAAAGAGAUGAAAUAUAAAAAGUUUAAAGAUCUAAAAUAAUAGCCACCUCUUUUGCCUGGAGCACAUCCACAGGAAAAUCUUAUGAAAUGACAAUGCACAGAUGGAGACGUCGUGGCAUACGGGCAUCAGAAAAAAUAAAAAAUUGAAGCUAGUUAUAAGCUUGUUGAAGGAAGUCAUCAAAUAGGAAAACGUGUGCUUCUAAACUUGACAAUGCCCCUCAGAAUGUAAUUUUGUUUUGGGUUUUUUUUUUUGGCGCUUUCUUUCCCCACUUGCUCGUUUUACCCAGGAGGCGGUGGGACGGAGGGCGUCGUAACCGCCGAGUGCUCAGUGCUGCUGUUGAGCUGAAACAAUGAUGGCAGUCUGCAAAGAACAUAUGCACUAAGAAGAAAAGGAACAUGAAUGCUAUCAUGUACCUAAACAAAUAUCACUUUGACAUGCAAGGAUUCUACUAAUAUUUUACUUUUUUUUUUUUCUUUUUUUUUUUGCUUCUUCCUUCUCUUAUUAUUUUUUUUUAAUUCAUUCGCAUUGGCAGGUGACUGGGGGGUGUGGUGUUAUGGAGUGAGUGAACGAUGUACACGGACUUUGCCCUUUUGAGUGGAAGGAUGUAUUUUACGGUAGUGUUGAUAAAUCAGUUUUGGGAUCUAGCUCCCAUUUAGAAAAUGCGAAGCCUGCUUAAGUGGAUUGGCAGAUAGCUAGGAACAGCAGUGACGCUUGCUGUUUUGAUCUGGAAUUCUGCAUCGUUUUUUGCUCGACAUGGCGGAUCUAAGCUCGCUGAUUGAGAAGAGCUGGUGUUUAGAAAUGUCUUAAAGAUGCGUUUGCUUGUGGAGCUUCAGUAGUUAUUCAUAUACAUCACUUCAUGAGGAUGGAGCCUGCCAAUUAUAAUGCUGGAUCACUGGUCUGCUUUUAUUUUCUCUUUUUUCCUCGCUCUUUAAUUAUUGUUUUUAGUUAGAUUGUGUAACCAACAGCCUGUGAAAAGAUCACAAUAUCAGUCAGGUACAUAGACACUCAAGUAUUUUGUCAUUUCAGUUGUUUUAUGUUUGGGGGGGGGGGUUGUUUGUGCAUUAUUCUCCCAAAAUUGCUUUUGAGAAAGCAUCAGUCAGGCAUUUGACUGUGUUUACAAGAUUGUCAGCUUGGGCUCACUAAGAGGGCAAAGAUGAAGCUGCUUUCGUUUGCAUUUUGGGCCCACACACUAUUUAAAAAAAAAAAAAAAAAAAAAAAAAAAUCAGGACCCUCGCUAUAAUGAUUAGUAGCUAUUCUGCAUAGGGGUGUGAUGUAUACUUAUUUAGGUCAGGAAAACCACAAGGCCUAUUUUAUCCACUAGUGAUCUCACUACACUGGAUAGUUUCAACUGUACAGAGACUGAUUUUCAGCGAAGAAGAAAACGUUUCAGUCGGGUUAGAUUUUGCUACAGUGAUCGUUUUUGGUUCAUUCCUCCUUAGCCUUGAGAUAUAUAGUGCAAAGCACAAUAGAUACAGGAUGAAAGGCUGAAAGUGUGUGGUGUUUCCUUCCUUCCUUCCUUCUUUCCUUCCUUGUGAUUGUCCACAAAUCCUGAUUCAUCUGCUAAUUUAACUACAAUCGUGUGUUAAAUGGCUUUGUGGGCAGUAUAGAGAUUUUUUUUUUUUCCCCUGGUCAAUAUAAGUGAGACAUUUAGUGCAGGCCAUUGAAAUGUUAGCAAAUGAUUUGGUUUUUUUUUUUUUUUUUUUUAAAUUAAAUAAAAACAAAGCUUGUUUUUGUUGGACCCUGUUGCAUAUUGAUGGUCUUGGGCAUUUUAUCAUACACCAGAGUCAUAUAUUUCAUGCAAUUUGCCAGAUCAGCAAAUUCUUUAAGAAACCUCUCCACAUGCUUAUUGUGUCCUCCUUGAUUAUCUCCCCAGUGAAAGACUCAUCUCAAUGUUUAAAUGGUUUGCAUCAGUGACAUUCGGGGGGGAAAGUAUAGAUCUAGAAUGACUCUCGCUCUCGGCACCCAUACCAAAACUCAAGUCGCAUCUGCGUGUAUGAGCCAUCGCUCUUGGAUGCUCGCAUGUGCUUUACAAAGCAGCAAAAUGGGGGGGUGGAUAGAAGCAAUGUGAAAGUGAACUGGUGCUGUUUAACUUAACAAAUUGUAAUCGGAGGAAGAUGCAGUAUUGCUGUUUGAAUUCAUUGUAAGUAUUGUGUGGGAUUUAUUUUAAUUGAAUUUUUUUUUUCAUUUUAUUUUAAUCCUCUCGCCCAUCCCUGCCCUCAUCACCCUCCCCAGUCGUCCAUGUAGGCCACGUUCCUGACUUGUGUACAAAAAAAAAAAAAAAUGACAUUGGGAGAGAAUCACAGAUUUAACAUUUGUAUAUUUUUGAGAUUUCAGCAAAGAAAAUACUUGACGCAUUUACUAGAGGCUUAGUAAUGCAGUAAAUAACGAAUCACUGGGGCUUUUAUUGUUUUCUCUUUUCUUUUUUUUUCUUUUUUUCAUUUUGUUUUCAUUAAUGAAUUUGAGCAGCUAGUGGUUUAGUGUAAUGGAACAAAAUGCACUAACUUGUUUAAAAAAAAAAAAAAAAAAAAAUCUUACUGUUUAAUGUAAUGUGAAAUUAUAUUAGAAGCAUAAGAUAAUGACAUUUGAUGUUGAGCGGCUUGCAGAAAUCUACAGGAAUAGCAUUCUCCUUAAUGUUUGGGUUCUCACUGUUAAUUGGUUUUAGGGCUGCUGUGGCAAAGGGAAGAAUUAAUUUAACAAUGGAUUUGAGUGUUGGAGACGGCACAUUCGAGCCGUCUGCGUAAAAUGUCAUUAAAAAAAAAUAAAUUAUUUUGUUUUGGCCUUGGA